CCAUAGUGAAAGACAGAAAACUUUGUGCUAGCAAAAGAGAGAAAGAAAGAAAAGAAAAGAAAAAAAAAAAAAAAGAGACAAGAAAGAGAGAGCAAGAAUUUUGUUAGAAAAAAUCACGAGAAGAAGGAAAGAUAAAUGAAAUAAAAACAAAGGGCAGUUGAGAAUAUAGCUAGGCUUAUGCUUAUCGCAUGUUUGCUUCACGCAAGCAGCUAAAUGUGGGAAGGGUUUGCUCUAUCGCGUGGCUUUAAAGACUUCAUCUAGCGUUUUAAAUCCUCCAUUAAAAUAAACAACCCAAUAUACCAGAAACCAACACCUACCAACCAAACCCUAGUUUCUUCUUCUCCUUCUCAAGUAUAUACCCCUCAACUUACAAACCCUAAUCAUGUGAUACCAUUUCUUGGGUUUUCUUUUGUUUAUUUCUUUCCAAAAAAAAAAAAAACAGAAAGAAAAUUCAGGAAAUGAGUGCAUCAGCAAAUCCUAGCUGUAGCGGUGGCAGUGGCGGAGUCGGUGGUGGUGGGAGCAGUAGUAGUGGUGGACCAUGUGGCGCGUGCAAAUUCUUGAGGAGGAAGUGUGUGCCAGGAUGUAUAUUUGCUCCUUAUUUUGACUCAGAGCAAGGUGCUGCCCAUUUCGCAGCGGUGCAUAAGGUUUUUGGUGCAAGUAAUGUUUCUAAACUUCUUUUACAUAUUCCAGUCCAUAAACGGCUCGAUGCCGUGGUCACAAUUUGCUACGAAGCUCAAGCACGUCUAAGAGAUCCAGUCUAUGGCUGUGUUGCUCACAUCUUUGCUCUUCAACAGCAGGUAGUGAAUUUACAGGCAGAGCUCUCAUACUUGCAAGCCCACCUAGCAACAUUAGAGCUACCAUCACCGCCUCCGCCGCCACCCCCGCAAAGUUUAGUUCCCCCACCUCCCCUCUCAAUAGCUGACCUCCCAUCAGCCUCUUCCGUGCCUGCUACUUAUGAUUUAUCGUCACUUUUUGAUCCCAUGACACAACCUUCGCCCUCAUGGGCCAUGCAGCAGCGGCAAAUGGAUCCUCGUCAGUUUGGAGGAGGCAGCAGCCUUGGAUCAUCUUCAGCAACCAUCGGUGGUUGUGGUGGUGGAGAUCUUCAUUCGUUGGCACGUGAACUCCUUCAUAGACAUGCAUCUCCGCCGCGAGGUUCUGUGCCAUGCAGUGGUACUCUAUCAUCACCUUCUAUUUCUAAAUGAGAGACUGACCUUAUUAUUAACACAGGUUCUUGCCGCAGAAUUUGUACUAAUUGGAUAUUGCUAGAGCCAGAGAGCUUAAUUCUUCACGCAAUUUUUAAUACUGGGCAAGUAGUUUGAUAUUUGGUCGUCCCUAUUCCUUGUUCUAUGCGCCUUCGUUUAUAUUCUUUUCACAAAGUUCCAUUGGAAUUCAUGCAUACUGCUCAAUUAAAGCUUGCAGACUUGCAUUUAUUCUGUUUAAGUUUCAAAUAAACAUAUAUAAUUACCCUGUAAAACUUAUAUGAAUUCAGUAUUGCAAACAUGAAAAGUGUCUUGCAAAUUCUUAUUUUUAGCACCAA